GCUCGAUUCGACUUUUUGCUGCGGGACAACAACUGGCAAGGAUAUCACUUCGGGGGGGCGGUCGCUCGUUGGCUGUCAUGAUGCGAAGCAAGAUGCUUGUGUUUGGUGCACCGAGGUGCGGGCACCAAUAGCAGCACACCCCACACCCCGGCCCGUUCCAGCUCGAGCCUUGGAGUUCGGAAAUCGACCCGAGCACCGUGCCAGUCAUCGCCCUUGAAUGAUAUCUCGGCUAGCUAGUGUAUGGCCUGCAGCCAGCCCGAUACGCACGUAUGUGGCUGAACAAGACUUCAACACCUUUGAUCUGAUGAGCGAGACUUCAAAAAGACAUCCAUGCAUUGAAGUCGCCCAGUCACAGAGCCCUGGCAAGCAACGCGCACACAAGUCUUGUACAGUCACAGACCAUGCAAGUCUUUUGCUGUGUGGCUGUACUGUACAUGCAUGACAAAAGCCACCUCAUUACUGCUCGCAUGCAUGCAUGAUCGAGUGUGCUGCCCGAGUGUGUCGAGACGUGUGGAGCGGGUCCACCACGAGCAACAAGUGAGUCGCAGCUGGCACGAAGUUGUAGGUGUGACGCGGCCCAGAUGCCCGGAACGAAUCAGAAUUCAGAAUUCCGAAGGGUUGAGACAGAAGGUGUCCAUUUGACACGCUUCUGCUUCCUCCGAAGGAUCCAUGGCUGUCAGCUGCAUUGGCUUCUUUUGGACGAUUUUCUGUUCUUGCUUCUUUCCUUGCCGAGCGAUCGAGAAGAAGCCAACAGAGGAGACAUCAUUACUGUCAUAAAAAAAAAUACAAAUUCCGACUCUACUUUGGCAAACCAACCACACUACCAUGCCGCUCCAUCUCUCCUCUAUUCCCUGCCUGCUAAUGGCUCUGGUUGUGUUGUCCAGCCAUUUUUGUGGUUCCAUGGCAUUUGCUCCCACCACUGGUACCAGUAGUAUGAGUACCAAUAAGCCGAGUGUCAUUGGCAUGGCACCCCUCAUUUCGCCCACCACCACCACCAUGUCUGCCAUUACUACUACUACUAACAGUAUGAGUGAAGAAGCGUCUCCCCGUAAACACGAACAAGCACGUCAAGAUUGGAUUGAACGUUCGGUGUCAUACUACAGCAAGGUGAUGCGAGAAGAACGUCGUCGCACUAUUGGACAGUUGCCGGAUGUUGUUGUUGACACUCCUCAGUAUCAAGAAGAAUUUGUCUUGUUGGCCAAGAAACACUACUUUGCCAUUCGCAAGGUCAAGGAUGGAAAAUUCACACAGGCAGAAACCCUCUAUCGCAAAAUCAUUGAAGAAAUUCUGCACAACACGGAUGAACAAGAAUGCGAUCACGCCAAAUUGGCCGUCACCACACUGUUACUGGCGUUACUCACCAAACGCAUGGGUGAUCCAAAGAAAACACGAUCUGUCUUUUUGCAAUUCUUUCGCAUUGCCGUACUGGAACGAGAAGGCGAUACCGAAUGUGCCUGUUCCGCCAAGGUGCUACAGGCAUAUGCACUCUUUGAAAUGCAACAGGGAAACUCGUUCAAGAGUGUCGAACUCGUCAAGAAAGCACUCGAUUUUGACAAGACAUUGGCACCCGUCUUGAAAUGGAAACAAUUCCGAGAUGCACAACAUGGAAAACUCAAAAGUAGACGACAACAACAACAACACCACCACCAACGAUCAUUUGCCACGCAAACGCCGGCUCCGUAGUCUCUCUUUGUCUUGCGACUGCUGGCUGGUGAAAAUGUUCCGAUGAUAUUAUUAUUAUUAUUAUUAGACCCAUAGAAACCGUAACUCAAAAAAAGACAUUCCAUUACCUUG